AUGUUUAUAGAUCAAGGAGUUAGUGAAAGUGUUACAGAUGUCCAUGAGGAAAUAUUACAUGAUGUGUGUUUUGAUGCAGGUUACAUUAGCAGUAAUGAAAAUGAAAAAGAAAAUAAAGAGAAUGUCUAUGAAGACAGGAAAAACAGAAUGAAACAUGAUAUAGAUGUUGAGACCAAUGUAAGUUACAAAAAUUACAAACUGAGUAAUGUCCUUUAUGAACAUCUUAAUAAGAAAACGAGGUUUAAAAAAGUUCAUGAAGACGGUACACAUACUGGUAAUAGUGGAAUUAAUGAUGGUAAUGGAAGUAAUGGAAAUACAGGGAUAAAUGGAAGUAAUAGAAGUAAUGGUAACACAAGAAGCUAUGAUAAUAAUGGAAAUAAGGGUAUCUGCUACUGUGAGAACAGUGGGGGCGAUUACUAUACCAUACAAAAAGAUCAGCACGUCAAUAAUGAUUGGAAAGCAUUUAAUGAAGGAGGAGAAACAUACGUGCCACAUAUGGUUAAGAAUAAGAUUGGGACUAGGAAUAACACAAAUGCAGGUAGUAGAAGCUUGUAUAAUUGUACAUACGAGAACAGAGUGAACUAUAAUUAUGAUAUGGCCAUGGUACAGGGCAUGUCAACUACUAAGAAUCAUGUGAAAAGUGAUAUGACUAGAGGAAGUCGUUAUCAUCAAGUUAAUGAAAGAAAUAAUAUAAAUAAUGAAACAAAUAUAGAAAAUUAUAAUUGUAAUAAUACAAAUAAGAUAACUUGUAUGAUGCCAUACAAUAUGGGUUCAUCCGUUCAUCGGGAUGACAAUUCACAUGCAUGUUAUAAGAAGAUGCAACCGCUCAAAGCGCUUCAUAUUAACACGAGCCAUAGGAGUAAUGAAGAAUAUAUCAACACUGGAAAUAAAAAGGUAUAUCCAUUAAUGGGUUAUAAAAAUAGGAAUGUGUUGAGAAGAUGUGUGUUGAAUAAAGAUUCGUAUAACACCCUCCGCCAUUCUAAUGACUCACAAGUUAAUGUUAUUGUAAAUGACAAUGUUAAUCGCAAUGUUAAUGAUAGUAUUAAUGUUGAUAUUAAUGUAAACGACAGUGUAUCAGAAGGCACCCACCUGAAAAUGGAAACACAAAACUUCGAUAUGAAGCAACGAGUAAAUGUGUAUUCGGAUAGUGUGUGCAAAGCGGAUGAUGUUGGAAGUGAACAGAACGCUCUGUUAAGUUCCUCUGUUGAAUUGGUAAAAUAUAACUCUAAUAUAAUGAGGAAUAAUAAACAAAAUAAAGAAAUUAACACAUGCGUAUUGAAAUAUAUUCCACCGUUAAAAUCAAAGGUAAAAAGUCAUUUACUCAACAAUUCGGAAGGGAACUCCUCCUAUAAUGAAUAUCAUAGAAAUAAUGAUGCUGAUCAUAAUUUUAUGAUAAAAGAUAAUAUUUACAGAGGUACUCACAUGAACUAUUUGACUAAUAUAGGCUCAAUAGAUAAGACAAAUUUUGAAAAUACAAACAAAAGGAAGAAUUAUAAGAAGGUUAUUCAUAAUCACUUAUGCAAUCAGAAUGAGAACGUUUCAUCAUCUCUCAAAACAAACGUUACUAACAAUAGUCCUAAUAAUUAUAAUGCUGAUUGUAGUAUCGAUUAUAAUAAUGAUUACAGUACCCAUGGUAAACUUUCCUAUGGCACUAGGAAUGUAAAUCACCAGCAUCAGAAUCAUCAUAAUAAUCAUAAGCGUGGUGUAAGCAUAAUGAUACAGAGGGGAAAAGACAGUAAAUAUAGCAUUGGUAGGAAUAACAACAGGGGAGAGAAUGGUAGUACGACUACAAUAAUGUCGAGGAGUUAUAACGUGCAUAGCAGUAGAGCUAUGGGAGUUAUUAGUGACCAUGAUAAGGAGGACGCUAACCUUACCCCUAAUAUUAGCUUCAAUAUUUGUAACCCACUCGAAGGUGUGAAUACUCAAAUAGAUAAACCGAAUCAAACAGUCAGUAAUGUGGAAAUUCAAGAAAAAAAUUAUAACAGAAGGACGUUUGUAACCAAUGCAAGAAUGUAUGAAGUUAGCACGAGAAACUAUCUCAGACAAUAUGCAAAGGAUAUUACUAAUUUUUCUCGUCAAAUGAGCACCUCUCCAUCCAACUUGAACACGUAUAUUAAUAUAAAAAAGAAAGAACAUAAAAAGGUUAGAAGUGACAGCAUGACUUGUAGUAGUAGUAAUGCUAAUCCAAAGUUUUACCCAUUGAAUGAGGUAUUUUCAUCGAAUAAUGUUAAAGGAACAAACAGGAAAAAAAAAAACAACAAAAAUUUUAGCCUUAAUUUAUGUAGUGCUUGUUUAAAUAUUGAUGAUGAAAUUUAUAUAAAACAAAUAAAAGAAAUUAUUAACAGAGAAAUAAUUAUAUCAAAGGAGGAUAGUCAUAUAAUACCUAAGUUGAAAGAGUGUAUAUUACAUAAUUCAUAUUUAUUUUCUAACAUAAAAAAUGUUGAUAGUUUUCGUAAAGGUGGAUUGACAUGGAUGGUUUAUUAUAAUUAUAAAGAUAUGAACAGUGCAGGUAUAAUAAAAACAGCUAAACAGUUGAAUAUAAAUUAUGACAAGUUAGAUAAAGAAAAACUGUAUACAUAUAAUAAUAAUAUUAAUAAUGAAAACGAAUUUAGUUAUGUAGAUUUAAUAAGACAAAAUAUUUUUUUCAAUGAUAAAUAUAUUAUUGAACCAUGUAUUGAAAACACAUGGUUGAAGAAGGUAUUAUUAAUCAUAAAAAAAGAGUCAUUAAAUAUAGAAGAAUUCUUAUUUAAACUGAAAUACUAUUUUUACAAAUCUGUUGUCUUUUUAUACAAAGAAGGUAUAAAGUCUUAUUUAGGUGAUGUAGCUAAUCAAAUGAAAAUCUAUAUUAAUUAUAAUUUCUGGUCAGCAUCUGAAAUUGCUUAUAUUUUAUGUCAACUUACAAAUUUGUGUAAUAUGCAAAUUGAGUUAAGGGUUAAGGGAGAAAUUGGUUGUGUUAUUUAUUUGAAUGAACAACCAAAGGAUUUUCAAGGUUUCGUUGAUAGUCAUAAUUUAAAUGAUACCUUCAGCAAAAAAGACUGGAUCCUUCUGCAUAAGUUUGCAAUCAGAAUGAUGCAAUAUAAGGAUAAUGAAGUGGAAGCAGUGGAAGAAACUAUAACUGAUGAAGCGGUCAUUGAGCUUCAAGGAAAUAAAACCGAUGAAGCAGUCAAAACAGGUCAAACUUCCCAAACAGCAGCGGAUAAUUCUCAACAUUCGAAAAAUUAUGAACAAGUCAGUUUUACCUGCACUGCUCAGGAGGAAAGCAUAUCGGAGCUACCUAAAAAAGGACAGAAACACCAUUUGGGAAAAUCGGUACAGGGAAAUUAUCUCUCAAAUGAUAAUUAUGAAAUGUGCAUGUUGACCUAUCAAUCCUGUUGUUCCUUCCCCAAUCAAGUGAACGAAAUGCAGCAAGUUAAAAGUAAAGUUAUUCCAAAGGAUUCUGAUCAUCUGGAGAACGUAUCCUCAAAAAUAGUAGAAUUUAAUAUGAACCUCUCAAGCAGUAACCUCCACGAAUCUUCUGUAAGUUGCUCUAUGUCAACGUCAAAUGCAGCCAUUGUUACUCCUAAUCAUAACAUUGCUUCUGCUGGGAGUAAUAACGGGGGAAACUAUAGUGAGUGUAUAUUUUGCUCUCCUUCGAAUAAGAAACUCAAGUCGUAUAUGUUUAAUGGAGGGAGAUAUGCGUUUGCCGCAAAACUAAAGGAAGAGAUUAAACAUUUUAAAUCGAAAAGACUAGGUGACUUAAUACAUUUAGUACAGCUAGCUAUACAUAAAGGUAUUUUUGUGUACUCACAGAGAAUAUUAUUACCCGUAUCAGCAUGUGAAAAGAGUGCUGAUGAUUUAUAUCCAAAAGUUAAAAAUUUUAAUUAUGAAAUAUGUGAAACGUUGGGAGAAGUAAUGCAAAUUAUUUCAUUAUUAGUAGAUCAUAAACCGAAUGGAUUAGUACUAGCUCAACUAAAACAGCAGUUUAUUCUUCAAUUUAAAAAAGAACUAAAUAGCUUACAUUUUGGUUUUAAGAAAUUACAAAACUUGUUGCUCUCUGAACCAUUCAGCGAACAAUAUAAAUUGUAUAUCCCGAACUGUAAUCUACAUAGGACUCAUAUUCAACAUAAAAAAUAUAAAACUCCGGAAAACUGUAAAAUUUUUCAGAAAGAAAAUGUUAAUCUGAUGCACCACCUGGAGCUUGUAGAUAAUCAUGAACUUUUCGGAUGCUCUUUGUCUGACUCAUCCGACGGAGGAGAAGUGGACGGAGAGGCGGAUAAUAAAGCGGAUGUACUUCAAUGCGAGACGGCGGAAAAUGCGAACAAAGGAAAAAAGAACGAGGAACAAGUGCAGCAGCAUGUAUUACCAUUUCCAGUAAAUAGUGUCCGAAGUAGCUACUACAACAUACAUAAGAGUAAUCCAGUGGAAGAAAACAAUAAUAAUAUGUUUCCUAACAUAGAUGUAGCACUAGAUGGUCGCUUAACUUGUUUGAGGAAAAGCUGCGAUUAUAAUUAUGAGAACAUCUUUAAUUCUGCAAAAAAUGAACAAAGUGAUACCUCCAUUUUUGGCACUUCCGGGUUAAGUAAAGCAGAUCACAUGAAAGGAGAAGAACAUGAACAGGCUAGCACACAAACUGAGGUAAUAGCAAAGGAAGAUCCCUAUGGACAGGAUUCCAUCAUUCGAAAGAAAAGUAAGUUUGAACAUGUCUUCAGGGAGUGUAUGCAGAUGGAUGGCAUUUUACAUAACGGUGCGCCAAUUGUAGUAGAUGUAGCAGAUGCAUCCAGUCAAUCUAGACCGAACGACGGUGCUUGUGCAGAAGCGAAUCUGACGAACAGCAUACGAACUAGUUAUAGCAAUGUCAAUGCUCUGGGUGGUCAAGAAGGAUCUUCCCAAAUUUCAAGAGAAAGUAAUUAUAACUGUGGUGAGGACAAGUCAUCUAGAAAUAUGUCCAAAAUGGAGGCAUGUAAAAAAUUAGAUGCAGGAAAAAAGAUAAGUAGGAAAAUAGAAAUAAGCUAUAAAAACAUAAAUAGAUUACCGCUUUUUAUUCAAGAAACUGUCAAAACGAUAUUUGAAAGUAAUAAGGAGUAUGUUUUUGAUUUUAACGAGGCGCAAGAUUUUGUAAAUGUAUCAGAUGUUGAAAAGAAUAAACAACUUAAUUGCAAUAACGAUGUGUACUUAACAGUACUGUCGAAACGAGUAGAGACAGAGCUAGAGAAAGAACCGCUAGAUGUAGAUAUAGCACAAGAAUGUUACCAGGUAGAUAGCGAAAUAGACAUGGAAUCGUCCCCAUCGAAAAGUGAUAACUUAAAAAAAUGCUUGAAGAAAAGCAGGAUUAGCCUUAUUAAUUCCCUGUAUCACAUCGAUUUUGAUACGAGGAAUACAAAUACAGAACAAUUCCACGAAAUAAAAAAAUUUUUCAAAAAUCAUGAUGAAGCGAAGGACGAAGCGAAGAACGAAGCGAAGAACGAAGCGGUAAGUGAUGAUACACAUUAUAAUAUUUGGAAUUUUCAUUUUAAAAAGUACGCAUUACCUAGUUACCGUAAAGAUGAGAAGAGUACCUAUACCUCAUUAAACCACGCAGCCGUCUCACCAUUACUAAACAUAUAUUCAUUGAUUAAGAAAUAUAAGAUGAAGAAGAGUACAUAUAGUACUUAUUUCCACAAAAGCAUCAGCAAGUCUGAUACAAAUCCAAUUAAUAAUUGUGAGAAUAAAAGUACCUGUCCAGAUAGCUCUUCUUAUCAUAACAAUAUAUCGUGUUGUAAUGCAUAUACAAAUGAAGUAAGCGUUAUGAAGUCGUCCAUAAGUAAUUAUGAUUGCUCGAAAAAAAUCCAUAAAUUACAUAACUGUACACUAGAUUUAAUAGACGCGAAAAAUACAAAAGUUAACAAUAAAAAAAGUAAAAUGAGCAAUAUCGAUAUAACUAGUUCUUCAAAAAGAAAUUAUUUAGAUCAACAAAAUUUUUACAUGAAUAACGGUAGGAAAACUUGCUAUGAGUAUUUAAGAAGCAAUAAAAAUAAUUUUGCGCCCUUAACUAAUGGUCAUACUAUUAUUCAAAAUGUAGAUUUACAAAAGGCUGAAAGUAAGUAUAAUAACAAUGGGAACGAUUGUUCAUCUAUAGAAGUAAGCAAUAGUGGUAUUACAUAUAACAGAAAUGUUGAUGAUUAUAAUGUUCGUGGAAGUAUGUACGAUAAGUCCAUCAAUAUGGAGGAGAUCUUAUCACAACAGGAACGAAGUAUAUAUGUUGUUAAUUCUGUAAAAGAUGAAUUGCAUAACUCACUUACGAAUGACAGUUGCGUUAGUAAGUUAGUGGAAGACUUGGAUGUUGAUAAGAUGAUGCCGAACUGUUCACGGUUGGAUCAUUUUGGAAAUCAAAGCAAUGGUUUUGAUUUUAACAAGAAGGAAGAUCAAGAUCAUCAUUUGAGUGAAGUAGGAAAUGAAGAAGCACCACGUUAUGAUAAUUAUAAUAAUAAUAUUAGUAGUAGUAGUAGUAGUAGUAGUAGUUCUAGGGGUAUCGGUAGUGGUAGUAAUGGCAGUAACGAUAAUAGUAAUAAUUUACAUCCAUUCGAGAACCCUCUACACAGCGGGAACCUCUUGUAUGAACGGGAUUACAACAGAUGUACUACAAAUUCGUUAGAUAGUGAGUAUAUAAUGACUGGAGGUAGACACAAGGACGCAAAGGACGAGGUAAAAAAUAUGACAAAUAUGAAUGAGCAGAAUAAUAGCAGUGCUAAUCGUAGCAACAGUGAUAUAUAUUAUGACAAGUGUAAUGUGGGGAAUGAUAUAGGCACAAGUGUAUCUAACUGCUUCUUUACGAGUGAGGAAACAUGUUUCAAUAACAGUGGAAGCAGCAUUAGCGGCAUUAACAACAGUAAUGGCAACAACAAUGCUGAUAUUAAAUAUGCUGAUGGAGCUGUUGAUAGGGAUCAGACCUAUAUAAUUAGCAGUCCAUCUUUUAAGAGAGAAGCUUUAAAUUUGUUAACGAAUGAAGUGGUAAAGCAGAAUUACGGGAAAGGAAGUGUUAAUGGUAGUGGUGGAGGUAAUGAUAAUGGAAACGACAAUGUCAACUACUGCAAUUAUAACAAUACGAACCUUCUGCUGAUAGACAGAGAUGUAUAUGAGAAAGUAGAGUGCUCAGAUAAAACUGCAAAUGAAGGGAACAACACAACUGAUAAUGGUAAACUUACGAAUGAGAAGCACUUUAAUUGUGGUAGUUAUCAUAAUGGUAUACCGAUGUAUUCAACAAAUAGAGGCUUUACUGGAUUGUUUCAUAGAACGAACGUAACAGAGGACAAAUGCAACCACAACAAGGGGUUCUUGUGUAACGAUAACUUAAAUGUGAACAAUAAAAAAAGUGCAAUAAAAAAUGAGGAAACGAAAAAUGAGGAAACGAAAAAUGAGGAAGCGAAAAAUGAGGAAGCGAAAAAUGAGGAAGCGAAAAAUGAGGAAACGAAAAAUGAGGAAACUAAAACAAAUGUUAUGACCUAUUCAGGUGUUCAGACGAAUCAUUGUACUAAAGAGAGUUCAAAUGUAUACAAUAACAGGAUAAUCGAUGACAUUUCUUUUAAGCCAAAUACGAAGGGAUUGAAAAGUAAGUACCAGGGGAAUAGUAAUAAUAAAAGCUACGAUGAUAGAAAGGGGUACAAUGCUAGCGGCAAUUACAAUGCAAGCGGCAAUUACAGUGGCAGUAAUAACAAGCGGAUGGAUAACUUCUUCCCCAUGAAUAACAACAUUAAUGUAAAAGACAGUAAAAAAAUUGGCAAAGUGAACAAGUAUUAUUGGAAAGAAGAAGCCUUUUCUAUUAAUAAAUACAAUGACAAACUGUAUUAUGGAAAUAAAGAUAGUAAUUUUAUGAACACAGGAUACAAUAUAUAUCCAAAUCAUAAUGAUUAUAUAUAUAACCGUGAAAUGCUGUAUAACCAUCAUAACGGUAUUAACAACCACGUAAGUAAUAAUCAAUUCAUCAACAUUAACAACAGUGAAGAUAAUUACAUGAACGAGAAUUAUGAGCUUUAUAAUAAUACGUAUAAUAAUAAACACAUUAAGAACAACAGAGUUCAUGCUUAUGAUGAUGAUACAUGUAAUGAUACUAAGAUAAAAAACGUCCACACAUCUCAAUAUUUUAAAAAAGUCAUUUAUAUAAACAAUACUACAAGUGAUAUAUGCAGUAACAGAGACAACAAUAGCAACUCAACCACCACAACAACUACGACUGCUAAUGUCAAUGUUGAUGCUAACGUAGAUGCUAACGUAGAUACUAACGUAGAUGCCAACGUAGAUGCUUAUGUUGAUUCCAGGAUUAAUGCCAACGACAGUGCCAAUGUUAAUGAGAAUGAAAACUACUUCGGUAAUAAUAAUGAUCGCGGAAACAAGAGGAGCAACGCAUUUCACUUUAACCAAAAUGAUAACGAUUACGUAAAGAAGGACAACAAUUUUUUAGUUGGUAUAAGGGCGAGUUACACUGACAGUACAGGAACAAAUGCAGGUAUCAGUACGAAUGAGGAAAGGUACAGCAAUACAUACAGGGCUCCUGAUGCUAGUGAAAAGGUAAGCUUUAAAAGUUGUGAAAUGAUUAAAUCGUUCAGCCGUAACACUGGUCGUAAUGACGUAUAUUAUAAUGAUGAUGAUAGGAAUAUGAAAAAUUUUAUUGAAAAAGAAGUGCUAACAGGGUUGAACAGCAACAGUGAAAGCAAUGACAAUAACAAUGAUGGAAACGGCAUGAACGAUGAUAGCAGUAACAUGAACAGCUGUGGAAGCAAUAGGGAUGCUAUUUAUAAAUACGAUGAAAAUGAAACCUUUAAAACGAAGGGCAGUUCUGAUGAGAAAACAAUACCAACAACCUUUUUGUCCCACUGGACCAAUUGUGCAAGUGAGGAUACAUAUAUUAAGGAAGAUUAUGCUCAGAAAGAUUAUAGAAUGAAAAGUGACAACCCAAGUGAUAAUAACAUAUUGUUUGGAAAAUUAGCUGUGACAAAUAAUACAAAAGAUUUUUUAGUAAAUGCAUCUUAUAAAAAUGAGGGGAUAAAAUAUGCAUACGAUAAUAGCAUAACAGGAAAGGAAAUUUUUCAAAACAGCAGUAAUUUCGCCUUAUAUAGAAAUGCUAAAAACGAAGGAUACAAAAACAAAAGCGUGCUAAGAAAAAGUAAAUACAUUGACAAUAAUACAUUGUCAAACUGUUCAUUUGUAAGGAUACACAACAACAGUGUACUUAAUAACUGCGUAGAGGAAGAAUACAGCAGAGUUAAUAAGCCAAGAGGAGUUAUCGAAAAUAAUUAUUUGCAAGAUAAACAUAAUAAUAAGGAUGAUUUUUAUGGGGGAUCAAACACAUUACUUAACAAGUAUAGUAAAAAUAGAAAAAGUACACUAAUUAAUAACACAUAUUUAUCCUGUCAGCAAAAUAAAAUGAGAAAAAAUCAUUUCGUAAAUUAUAAUAGUUUACAUAUAAACAAUUCAAAUUUCAAAGAUGAAAAAAAGUAUUAUAACAAAAAAUAUUUUAAUAAUUAUGAGACAGGGAAAUACAUAAAAAAUGAAACAGGGAAAUUUAACAAAAUUUGUAGAAUUAAAAAUAUUUACUCAGAAAAUAUUGAUAAUAAAUAUAGCAAAAAUGAUAUAAAAAAUGGAUGCAAUGUGAAUGGGAAUUUAUUAUAUCAACACAAAAGCUGCAAUGAUGAUAUGCUUAGUUCAAAGGACCCUAUAAAUUUUUCCUCAUUCACAAGCCCCAAAAAACAAGCAAUUAGUAGAGAUAACAAUUUUUUUGGAAAAGACGAUUUUUAA